AGGUGGCCGAGAAGCUCCUGACAGAUCUGGUGCCGCCUGGCGCCCCACAGGAGAUCAUCUCCGUGAACUCCAAAACAGAUGACCUGGGCCAUCGCGUGGACCUCGUGGAGUUCGCUUACCAGUGGAAGUUCGAUGAAGCCCUCGCGAGGCAGCUGGGAAGGAAAAAGUUUCAACUGCAUUGCAAGGCCCUCGUGACGGUGGCCCGGAAUAAGCAGUUCCUGCUGCAGAUCGCCUCCGAGGAGAAGAGGUGGGAAUACCGUGGUGACGACUACCAAGUGGCGAUAGAUACCUUCAAGCUGACCUACUAAGCCUAAGCAAUUUUCUGCCCGGACAGUGCACUCUGAAGCUGAAGUGCUUCAUCUUUUCAUAGACAACUGAGCCAUAUCUGGAGGAAAAGAGCGGAGUG